AUGGUGGAAAUAAAACUUUUUAUCGCCAUCAAGCCCUUAAGAUAUGAUUCUCAAUUAAUUAGAGUCGAUGUUCAUCCCAAAACUUCUAUAAAAAGUCAUAACAUAAAAGGAAUCAAUAAUGAAAAAAGUAAGAAGAUUAGAACAAUUGCAAUGCAAAACUUCGUCAGUGUAGAAAUAAUUUUUCACGAGUGA